CGAAUCCGAGAACUGGCAGUCGCUCGUUGGACUUGGUUAGAGGUGGGCGCUUUGCUCUUUCUCUCUCUCUGUCAAGCUGUCGCCCCGCCUCUCGCUCCGCCGCCCCCACGUUGCUGCCUUAGUGCUGACGACCGCUUGGGAGGGGCGCGCGUGCCUCGUUGACUAUCCCCAAGGGGCGGGAUGGCGUUCCUCAGGGCGCCGUCACGGGUCCCCCCUUCAGGAGUGCACGUUUCCCUAGUGCCAGAGUUUCUACCGUAGCCAUGGGGGGAGACAGUACUCGUAGCGGUGUGAGGGCGUGUUUAUAGUGGUGCUCAGUGCUCGGAGGGACCCCUAGUGCUGUGCGAGUGGUGAUAGUGUGCGUGUGAGUGAGGGAGAGUGGCUAGUGAAGGAGGAAAGGGAGAGUGAAGGGAGAGUUGCGGGUUGGUCACUCACGCCAGUACCUCCGUCAGCUGGUUCCGUUGUGAUCACUUGCUUCGUCAGCGCCUCCGCCACGAUGCCUCAAGGCGAGAAUGAGUGGGAGGACUCGCGUGGCCGCCCCAGGGCCCCCAAGAUUGGCAACAUCCCCAAACACACGGCCAUCGAGGAGGAGGGCGACGAUGGUGAGCGCGGCGUGCUGGGCGGGGCGGUUGGCAAGCGGCACCACCAGCACCCCGCCGCCUCCUUCCGCGACGAGCUGGCCAGCCACGACCCCGGCUACUUCAGGAAGGACUCGCGGCCCCCUGAGGAGCGCGGCGGCGGGGAUGCGGCGACCUUGGGGGUGCGACCCACGCCCAUCACCCCCGGCAGCCCCAGCACCGCCGGCAGCCUAGACACCGGCAGCACCGCCAGCACGGCCAGGACGCCGGACACGCCCAGCCCCGGCGGCUCCAGGCCCUCUGUCAACGGCCACUCCGGCAGCAGCGACAAGAGCUGGAGCGACACCGAGGCCAAGGCGGCCGACCAGAGCCGCGAUGAUAACCUGGCAGACUCCGCGGCGCGCCUCGCCAUCUCCCCCGCCAGUCAGGGAGGCCCUGCCGCGGCGGGCGGCGGCGAGGCGGCGACCGAGAACACGCCCAGGAUGGCGGAGGGCGGCGAGGCGCAGCAAGGGAAGGCACCGAGCUCUGCCCCUGCGGCUGCCCCUACUCCCGCCCCUGCCGCGGCCCCUGCCAGCGGGCAGCCGUCAGCGGUCGAGGCUCAAGUCCAUGACUCCUUAGGUGACUUCCCCACCACCAUCCCCAUCCCCACGCCCACCAGCAGCGGCUGGAGCAUCACGGAGCACAAGCCGAGCCGCAGCGUGUGCGAGGAGCUCCGCAUGUUGUCGCGCGUCAACUCCAUGGUGGAGCGCGGCUCGCUGGCCAACAUUCGCGCCGCCUCGGUGGACGAGAACGGUCCCGGCGCGCCCGCACGCAGCACGGCGGGGCAGGGCGUGGGCGCGCGGCGCGGCACACACAUCGCGCGGCUCAUACAGUCCAAGAGUGUCAACAUGGGCGAGCGGCCCAUCUACCCCAACGUGCCCUUCUCGCCCUACGGCUCGCCCUGCUCCUCCCCGAGGCUGCGGCGGCGGCCCCUCAAGGAGUCGCGCUGCGUCAGCAUCGAGAAGAACGGCGAGUACGAGCAGCUCAACCAGUACAAGCUGAAGGAGGCCAUCGGCCAGGGCUCGUACGGCAUCGUGAAGCUUGCCUACAACACCGAGGAGGACGUGCACUAUGCCAUGAAAAUCCUAUCAAAGAAGAAGCUGAUGAAGAAACACGGUUGCUUCGGCCGCUCUUGGACCAUCGGAGCAGAGACGGAGGCCUCACAGCACUUCCGCUCCCUCAGCCCACGACACCGCAUGGACAGUUAUUCUCCUCCCACCACCCGAGUGAAGGGCCGUCUGCCGCCCCCGAGAGCCUCCGGGGGGCGGCCCAUGGAGAACCCACUGGACCGAGUGCACCGGGAGAUCGCCAUCCUGAAGAAGCUGAACCACCCCAACGUUGUCAAGCUGGUGGAGGUGUUGAACGACCCCGCCGAGGACAACUUCUACAUGGUGUUUGAGCUCCUGGAGAAGGGCGAGGUGAUGGAGAUCCCCACCGAGGAGCCGCUGAGUGAGGACCAGGCGUGGGGGUACUUCCGGGAUGUGGUCCUCGGCAUUGAGUAUUUACACUACCAGAAAAUCAUCCACCGAGACAUCAAGCCCUCCAACCUGCUGCUGGGGGACAACGGCCACAUCCAGAUCGCAGACUUCGGCGUGUGCAACGAGUUCGACGGCAAGGACGCCUUCCUCACCAACACCGCCGGCACGCCCGCCUUCAUGGCCCCCGAGGCACUCUCCACCUCCAGGCACAAGUACUCCGGCAAGGCGGCAGAUAUCUGGGCGAUGGGCAUUACUCUUUAUGCCUUCGUGUACGGCAAGCUCCCCUUCCACGACGAUAACAUUGUUGUGCUCUACGACAAGAUCCGGACGGCGCCGCUCUCCUUCCCUCCUAUCCCGUUUGUCUCGGACGACCUCAAGGAUCUGCUCUCUCUGAUGCUGGAGAAGAAUCCCGCUCUUAGAAUAACUCUACCUGACAUCAAGGAACACCCAUGGGUCGAUGCGGGGGGCCAGUACCCUCUGCCAACCGAGGAAGAAAACUGCGUCUUGAUCGAGGUGACGGAGGAGGAGGUGCAGAGCUGCGUGCGCUCCAUCCCCAAGCUGGAGACACUGAUCCUCAUCAAGUGUAUGCUCAAGAAACACAGCUUCCAGAACCCCUUCAAGAUGAACAUAUUGUACAAAGAACAGUUCGCACGCACAGGACGGUCUCACUCGGCGCCGGGUUCGUAUGAGUUCUACUUGGAAAGGAAGAGGUCGCUCGAUACCUCCCUCCCAGCAGUAGACGAGAUUGAAGUGAUCGGAGAAGACAGAUGAUAAGGGCAAGGAGGCAGCGAGUGGGACCCCGACUUUCCAUGCAAUAAGGACACGUAUAGGUAACACUGGAGGAGGGUGUGACUGUGGAAAGUUACACAUGGUGGCUCGUAGAAGGUCAACGGCUGCUGUUUGCAAAGGCGAGGGGGAUUUUUGUACAGUGAACGGUUUGCAGAAAAGUUAACAUGUAAAACAGUACAAAAGGAAGCUGGCAGUGUUUGUUAGUCUAUGUAGAUGUGAAUGCGUAGUCCAUCUCUCUGGAUCAAUAAGAGUGAAAUGCAGGGAAGAAAAAGUUAUUUAUAAAAGAGAAAAGAAGCUGUUUUAUAUCUGAAGACGUCAAAUUUUGGAGAUGCACUUUUUUUUCUAGUUUUUCGUUUUGUAUUUUUAUUUUUUACUCAUUUUUAUCGUGUGUGAAGGGCUCUCUUUACUAAAAUAACAAGUUGAUUGACCGCAGAAUUUAUUAUAUAUCAACGCUCCAUUCCUUAUAAGUAUCUGAAGAAUGUAAAUUGUCCCCUAAGACAUUUUCAUUUAACUUCAUUUCACAUCAUUAUUACUUGUACGUAUUCUAGUAAGUAUUGCAGGAGGUAAAUUGAUGUCUUUUUGUAAUGCGACCAGCAAGUAAUAGGAGCUCGGAGCAUAUUUAAGAGGAUUGAUAAGGAAAAAAGAAACAUAUGCAUUCUCUUUUGAUGCCAGCGAUGACGGACGCCGCAAACACACAUCCGUUGUCACAAGUGGUGGUGCUAAGGAGAGCGAGCGCGGGAGUAGCGGGGUCCUUGAUAUUGUCGCCCGAACCCACGAAAACACCGACACUUUCCUGUAUUCUGUGAGACAAUCAGACGCACUUUUCCGUAAAUAUUCAAACCAAUUACGUGACCAUUUAACAUUUGACGCGGAGAGAACAUAAAUUAAACCAUACAUCAUUUUUCUGUAACUUAGCAGGCUCUGAAAUCUUGUUCCUGGAUAUAAUUUAAAGAGAUAAAGUUUCAUAUUAAAAGGGUAGGGUAUAAAAAGGUAAGGGAUUAACAAAUAAGGGAGUUCACCCAAAAAAGCUAACCAAAGAAAACAUAUACACAAGGGUUGACUAUAUCAGCGAUGCCCAAGUUCGUAAUACAGAGGUUGUAGAACGUAUUAGUAGGUGAGAGUCAUCCUAGAGACAUUGUCCCCACAGAGUAGCACAGACAUGAGACUUUACUAGUGCUCUGUGAGAUGGCUGUGAGCUGAGCGUGUUGAGACGUGUUUGUACGGCUGCUCACCGAGUGGCUUGAUUGUUGUCCUUUAGAGAGGAUUCAUGACGACGCAUAAUUUUUUUCCGGUUGACGAGCGCAUUUAUAAUACUAAUAAUCCUCGUGCUAGUUUUCUGGACAUCCGUAAUGGUGAUAUUUAAUUCUACGUAUUCGUUAGCUUACGGUGUAUUAAACGAUGUGAGUUUUGAGACGGUCAGUACAGUCUCACCAUUGUUCUGUGAUUUUCUAUUAAGCCAACGUAGGUGAGAGUUACAAGAGGUGCAGACUGACAUGACCCGGCCCAAGGCGCAGACUCUCAACAGCCGACUAGAUUCACGAAGACGGUUAUAAUUACGCCAUGAAUUCAUAGCCCAAUAAAUCAAGCAAGGAGACAAGGUGCGCUUUAACAUUUUCUGACACAUUAACAUUUUCGUGAGCAUAUCAUGACUUACUAAACGGAUACUAAAGAGAGUGUUUUCAUUGUUCAUCCUCCUUAUCAGUGUGGGGGGGAGUCACGGGGUCUGCACUGCGGGUAAUUGGUCAUGUCCUGGGAGGGUUCAGUCCCAGCGCGCAUCAAACUCUUUCUUACCUAUGAACUAAGUUAAGUUUCUAUGCAACAUAAGUCCUUCAGAACUGUCCCGCAUCACCUCCCUCUAGAACGGAUGUAUUAAUAGCCAUCGCUCCUCCUGUACAUUUUUUAUCCAUGUCUGUGUGUAAAUCAGUAGCAUAUAUUUAGCUGACUUAUCAUUUAGCACUUUGUACAUUACUGAACAAUUAGCCGACAGCAUAAUUGUUUGUUUCAUACGUGUUCAAAAUUUUGUCAGUGCUAACUUUUGUACCCAGUAAGGUUAUAUGCAAUCAUAAGUAUAAGUUUUAGCCACAAAGUAAGCUUUAAAGUAAACUAGAUACCAGUAGGGUAGAAUAAACUUACCUUAAACAAAGAGACAUAAUUUUUCUUUUUGGUUUAUGAAAAAAAGCAUAGUAUAAGAAAGUAUCUUCCAUCUGACUGAUCAGAUACUGUGUCAUACUGGAUUAUAUGAUUUUUAUGAUUUUUACUUGGCUUUUUGUUGUAAACACUUCUCAUGCAUCACAUGGUAUGCAACAUCGUGGAAAACUGGUCCAAACCCUGUCCAUGAAUUAUACCGCAUCUUCAUUAUUGUAAAACCAUUAUUUUAUAUACUACAAAAUAUAUAUUAUACAUAUACAAUACUUCCAUAUAAAUCGUCUCCAAUUCAGAUUCAUUGUUGGCAACUUGAGUCACUUGUGAUUGACCUAGCACGGCCAGGCGCUGCCCUGACCAGCUCAGGGCUGGGAGGGUUUGGCCCGGCCUCAGGUCACAAGCAGGUAGGUGGAGGCAGAGGGGAAGGUUGUGACUCUGAGGGGUCUUGCCACGCCCUGUGCUGCUUGAUCCACCAAACAUUUGGCUGCUUUGGCCGGCUCCAUAUAUUUGAAUGUUACAUUUACGGUGAUUUUAUAGCACAAAGAGGGUGCGAGCACUUCAUGAUUGAGAACCAUUGUGAAUACAAGAUUCAAAGUCAAGGAAUAUGUCAUGAUGAUCCAGAAUAUCACUCAUUCAGAGGUUUGCACUUCUUGUGUGGUGCAAAGUUUGAGAUCUCAGGACACCCGCUGCACACCCUUGAAGUGCUUGCAUUGCUGUAUAUAAGUGAGGCGCUAUCUAUAAGAGUUACACUAAAUGGAAAUCCUUCUGACCUACACACCUGGAACAGUCUACCUUUGUCAGCCACCUGGGGAGGGUUCCACACAGCAAUACUGACGACAGGGAAAUGGCUCUUUGUAGGUUGUUGCUUCGCCCAACAACAUAACGUGACCACGGUAAUUGUUUGCAGAUGUUACACUUUUAUUUUCAAUACAGCAUUGUUCACUGUAUGUCCUGUUGACCUCUGCAGGCAUAUUUUUCUAUGCAAGUUAUGUAACAUUGUAAGCAGCAUAAUAUUGCUUAGGAACAAAGGAUACGCUGGGAAUGGUUUUGUUUGGGGGUCAAAAAUUCAAAGAAGGUUUAGUACUGUUGUUAACCCGGUAGCAGCGGGGAUCAUGUUUCUUAAUGGUCCCUCUAAGCAAGAAAAAUGAGAAAAAAUCAUCACUCACACAAACCAUUUCAUAAUAUAUAUCAAAGCAUUUGUGACCAGUUUAUGUAUCAUUUAUUUUGGGGGGGUUUAUAUCAUGGCACAAAUUUGGCCCAUCGCUGCUACAUGGUAAAGCCACAAAUUUGGCCCGUCGCUGCUACCGGGUUAAGGUCAGGAUUGGAAAGUUACCUUGUCGAGUCGUUCACGGCAAUAGUGUGGCCCAGAAUAUAAGUUUCCACAGGUUGUUUGAGUCUUAGGUGAUUACUGCAUAUGCUCUCUCAGUGGUUUGCUAAAGCUUCCUGCUAGCACAUCUUUUUUUAAUGUACUAAUUACUAUGCUUCUUCAGGCUCCUUUUGCAUCCAUGAAUGUACAAUAGGUUAGUCUCCACCGCAAAGUGUACUCCAGGGUUUCAGGCUUUUACUUUGCAUUAGUUGUACAGGUUCCUCCUUCUCUGCCCGCACCAGGUCCCCACCAAAAAACAGGGCAGUAUUGGUGGUAGUGUGUGGGGGGAGGAAGGAUGCUAUACCUCCCCGACACUCACAAACAUGAAUAGGACUAGUGGAUUAAUAGGGUGAGUGAGUAUUGGAGCAAGGGAGUUGGAAGUAGCAGGAUUGAGUGUGCUGAGAGGGGGUGCCAGAACAGGGAGAGAUGGAAACACUUCUGCCGUGGCCACCCCCUGGAGGGAAGUUCACGCGAGGCAGCAGGUCGUCGGAGAUAUAGAUAGAUAGAUAGAACAUGAAUAGGAAAAGUAAAAGUGAAAUUGACCUCUCUUUUGGCUACUCUUUACUUUUUACUUUUGUGGGAGCGGCGAGUAGCGGGCUUUUUAUUUUUUUGGUACUCUUUGUUGCCCUUGAGCCGCAGCCUUUGAGGUAAAAAAAAGGAGAGAGGGACGAAAACAAUGAGUUGACAGGUGGGUGUUGACAUUUGCUUUUAACUUAUCAAUGCCAAUAAGGGGAACGAUCUUACCUGGAAGCAUGUGAGUCACCUCAUAUUAAUUUUUGCAAGUCAUAAGCAAUAUCAUUUUCCUGUGAGUCAGACUGAGGAGUGGACACAACUAAUGCAAAAUAAAGUUCCUGGAAUCCAUUUUUUAGUUUUAAGUUUUUAUCUCCAUAUUUUGUUUAUAGGAAAAUUUAUAAAGCAAUGGGCAGCUAUAUGAAGACUGGCAACAACAUAUGUAUAGUUGUUUUACAUAUUACUCCUCUUUUUUAACUUCAAGACACAAACACGAAGGUUAUGUGGAGCAGCAUAUGGUAAGCACCCAGUCAGAUUCUUAUUCCUUGACCUCCAGUGUUCCGAGUACUUGUAUCAAUUUCCUUUAAGAUCAAUUUUGUUCCAUGUGUUCUGCCUCAUGUAAGCCCCAAACCCCCUAGUCAUAGCAGUCUCUUCCUCUCUCUUAAAUUUUCAACCUCUCAAUAAUCUCAACAGUCUCUCAUUUCUCUCUUCAUCAACUUCUAAUCAACCUCAGCAGUCUCUUUAUGUUGUCUCUUCAUCAACUUCUAAUCAACUUCAGCAGCCUCUUAUUUUCUCUCUUCAUCAACUUCUCAUCAACCUCUGCAGUCUCUCAUUUU